UAGAACCACUUCUUGAAAUCCGCAAUAACCAAAGCACUUUGACAGAAAAGCCUAAAACUAUAAAUAAAAAAGAGAAUUCUGUAAACAAAAGGCAGCAAAACAAGAGAGCGAAGAAAUGUUGAAGGAAGCUAUGAAUAUCAUCAUGGUGCUAGUUUUCUUAGGGAUUACGCAAUUCACAAAUGCUGAUGAAACCUUUGAAGUUCGUAAACACCUUUCCACUGUAUCCAGGUAUGCUGAUUCCAAGGACAUAUCGGUGAAUUCUUUCGUAUCUUCCGAAAUUCCAGAUCAAUGUACACCCAUUCAUUUGAAUCUAGUGGCAAGGCAUGGCACUCGUGCACCAACGAAGAAGAAAAUAAGAGAAUUAGAAGCUUUGGCUGCUCAUUUGGAAGUCCUUGUACGUGAUGCAAAAGAACAGAAGCAGUCUUUGGAGAAAAUUCCCGUUUGGUUAGCUGGAUGGAGGUCUCCUUGGGAAGGAAAACUUACAGGUGGAGAGUUGAUCAGUGAAGGAGAAGAUGAAUUAUAUCAUCUCGGAAUCAGAGUCAGAGAAAGAUUUCGAGACCUUUUCAGUGAGGAAUACCACCCAGAUGUAUAUUCAAUCAAGACUACCCAGGUUCCUCGGGCAUCAGCUAGCUCAGUGGCAUUUGGGAUGGGUCUAUUUAAUGAAAGAGGGAAGCUUGGACCAGGAAGACAUCGAGCUUUUGCUGUUACCAGUGAAAGCCGUGCAAGUGACAUAGUUUUGAGAUUUCAUGAUUGUUGUCAAAGCUACAAGGCUUUCAGAAAAAAUCAGGAGCCAAAUGUGGACAAGCUCAAAGAACCAGUAUUGAAUGAAAUUACUCGUGAUUUAGUCAGGCAAUAUGGGCUUAAUUUUACAAGACAAGAUGUAUCUUCAUUAUGGUUUCUCUGCAAACAGGAAGCAUCCUUGUUGAACAUCACCAAUCAAGCUUGUAGUCUGUUCAGCCCAUCUGAGGUUUCUUUGUUGGAGUGGGCUGAUGAUUUGGAGUUGUUCAUUCUGAAAGGCUACGGUGAUUCACUAAAUUAUCGAAUGGGAGUGCCACUACUUGAGGAUGUUAUUCAAUCAAUGGAACAGGCAAUUAAGGCAAAAGAAGAAGGAUAUGCUCCAGGUACCUAUGAAAAAGCAAGAAUGCGUUUUGCUCAUGCAGAAACUCUCCUUCCCUUUUCAUGCUUAAUCGGGCUCUUUCUUGAAGAAUCUGAGUUUGAACUGAUACAAAGAGAGAAAAGCUUGGAACUCCCUCCUAAGCCUCCUAAAAAUAGAAACUGGCGGGGAAGUAUCGUGGCUCCUUUUGCUGGAAAUAACAUGUUAAUCCUUUACAGCUGCCAAUCGGAUAACUCAAGCAAGUACUUUGUGCAAGUGCUACAUAAUGAACGCCCCAUUGCAUUGCCAGGUUGUAAUGAUUCAAGUUUUUGUCCACUCGAAGUAUUUAAGGAAAGAAUAGCUGCUCCUCACUUGAAACAUGACUACAACAUGCUUUGCAACAUAAAGGAACAGGCACAAAAUUCUGCUUCCAGGAAUUCAAAGAAAUCUGUCACAUCUAGAUGCAUGGGCUCAACAUUAUCUUCAGAAUUAAAAUUUGCUUCGGCAUUCUUUUCUACCUUUUUGAGGGAGGCUUGAUAAAGCUCAAAUAAAUGCUUUGGCGUACGACAGGUUUGCAAAAGGCCAGUUGCAAGUUUGAAAUAUGAGAGGAAGUGAUUCUAAAAUUGGAGAGGCGCGUUUUAGGAAAUACAGGCAGGGGUAUACAUGGAUCAGAUUGGUUCGGGUUUUUCAAAUAUCAGAUCAAAUCAUUUUGUCGGGUUUUUAAAUUUAUAAAUCAAACCAGAUCAAUAAAAGUUGGGUCUUUUAACCUCGGGUUGUCUCAGAUUUUUCGGUUUUCUCGGAUAUUUUGGGUUUUUUCCGGCAAAGUCUUUAUACAAAACAAAUAACUUGUGCUUCAAAUAUAUUUUUAGUCCUAAUAAGAUACAACUAUCUAAUUAAA